CACGAGGGAGGCAGCGCUCCAGCCGAGGCACCCUCCGGGGAAGGCCGCUUGCUGGAGCCGCCGCGAUUGCGGCCCCGCAUUUCUGGCGUUUCGGCCAUAGCCGGGAGACUCCUGGAAAAAGGCGGCGGAUCUGACUGCCUCUGCCCAGCCGAGGGCGGCUUGCCCACGGGAGAGGCUGGGCGGAGGGAGGCCAAAGCCGAUCGGUCCCCCCGGGCGGGACUCCCCUUGUGCUUGGAGUCAUGGACGUCAGACGAAAAGUAUCCGGGCCGCUCGGGAAUGCGCCCUUCGGCGCCAACCUUCCUGAAAGGCUGGGGCGCAGGCUGAAGACCGGGCAGGUUCUGAGGCCGCCUUUCCUGAGUUGAAGCCGCUCACCAGACGGCGCCCCCGGGUCUUCCACAGCUUGCGCGGGCGGGGAGGGGGCAGGCGGGCGGGGCUCCCUCUCGGUGGGCAGGACGCCGUUUCCCUGGUCCGCUGGAAACCGCCCCGGAGGCCGUCCCAGCGAAGGACAGGCUCGUAUCCUGUUAAUCCCACUGAAAGUGGCUCUGGGGCGGCGCCGGGAGCGUCCCUUCCCCCGGCCGCCCCGCCUGUCCCACUCGCUUUCUGUCCCGUCCCCCCCCCCCCCCCCGACUGGCCCGCGCGCGUCUCCGCAGAAACGAGCGCCCCUUUCCACUCGCACCAGACGGUCGGUCGGCUCGGCUCCUCAGCCCCGGCCGGAUCCUCCCGCGGGCCCUGCCUCCCUUGCCGCGAUGGGGAGCCGACGGCCACAGCCUUGAAGGUAACAGGUACCACAAAGGCAUCGACUAUGGAAGCGGAUGGCGAAGGGGAAAUGGAACUCCUGAGUAGCAGCAUUGCAGCCUAUGUGCACAUCCGAGAUAACCUGGAGAGUGUGGGCCUCUACUUUGUGCUGGGUGUCUGUUUUGGUCUGGUGCUGACACUCUGCCUUCUGGUCAUUCACAUCUCAUGGCACCCUCAAGCCAUUCCACACAAGCGCCGAAAGAGCCUGCAGGACUCGAGUGAGGAUGAGGAGGAGGAAGAGGAGGAGGAGGAAGAGGAGGAAGACACAACCAACCACUCACUUGCUGUCCCCCCCUUAGCCAUGACAGAGCUGCCCCUGGUAUCCCCCAGCACCCCGGAUGGAACCCUCACAAUCAACGUCUUUGCUUCGGCUGAGGAACUGGAACGUGCCCAGCGCCUGGAGGAGCGCGAGAGGAUCCUCAGAGAAAUUUGGCGUAAUGGGCAACCGGACGUUCUGGGAACUGGGACUGGGACCAUUGGGAGAGUCCAUUACUAUUGACCAACCUCUUCUUUCAUCCCUAAACUGAGUAGGCAACUGUCCUACACUCCUUGAGGCACUGCGACAGUCACGGACCUUGAACGAAGGGAUAAUGGCCGGUGGGAGAGGUCUUCCCCAGUGUGAGUGAUUCUGACUGGGAGCACCACACAGAGCAGGGGUGGAGAGCUUCCAGGACUAUGUCAGGGACACUAAGGGGUUCACUCCCAGGUACCUGCUUCUCUGACCCUGUGGGGGUGGGGAGGAAGGGAGUCUGUCAUGGGUUCUGGAAAGUCCUCAUGGCACCCCUGAUGGAUCUGGGAGAGAGAAGGCUUGAGGGAUUUUGGGCCUGCUUGGUGGAAGGAUGCAAGAUCUUUGGAAGUAAAGCCUCCAACCGCUGAAGAAGCUGGGUUCAGUAUGAACAGCCCUGCCCAAUCUUAGCUGAGCUGAGUUCAGGGCUGGCGUUAUGCCCAGGGCUGUGCUCUGCACCCUCUCUCUUCCCACAGCAGGUGGGCAGACUCUUCUCCCAACUUUCCAUACCCCCCCCCCCCCAGAUAUAAUUCCUUAUCUAAAGUACUGUAUGUUAUCUCAGGCUACUCUCCUACAACAUGGUGACUCCUGGAGUUUCCUCUGCAGUAGGAUUUCUUAUUUCCUCAGAGGGGUUCAGCAGUGGGAAGCUGCCUCUAGCAGACUGAAGAUGGAGCUGACAGAGACCGGCUGCAGGGUCCCCAUGCCCAGACAUUUUGUUCUGUUAGCUCCCCACUGCCUACAAGGGUUAACCGAUUGGUAGCAAAUAUUCCAUUUAGUGUGUAAAACUUUGCCUUAUCUUUUAUAAAACAGAAUUAUUCCA